AAGGACAAGUCAGUCAGUUCAGCUGCUGCAGUGGGUGUAAAAGGCUCAAAAACAUCUGAACAUGUGGAAUCCUAAUACUGGGCCAAAUCCAUAUCCCCCUAACGUCGGAUAUCCCCCUAACAAUCCUGUCCAUCCACCACCUGUCAAUCCUGCCUUUCCUCCCACUCCCUAUCCAAUCCCCCCAGGAGUUCCUCAGGGGAAUCCAGCUUUCCCUCCAGGUGUGCCCCCACAACCUAUGCCACAGCCAGGGUAUCCAGGUGGCCAGCCCAUUGGUCCCUACCCCCCUCCAUACCCACCGCCUGCUCCUGGAAUGCCUCCUGUGGCUCCCCUGGCUCCUGGUAUGGUAGCACCGGGAAUGGUGAUGGACAAGAAGAUGCGUAAGAAAAUGAAGAAAGCUCAUAAAAAGAUGCACAAACAUCAUAAACAUGGCAAGCAUUCCUCCUCUUCCUCUUCUUCCAGCAGUGACUCUGACUGAAUACUGAGCCUGGACUCUUCCCUCAAAUCUCUCCAGUUCAGCUUUCCCAGCAAGCCUCAGAUGCCAUCUUGUACCAGGGGCAAUUAGCCCAGGUGCCCCUACCUCUGCUCCCACCCUUCCAUCUACUUUUCAGCCCUAUCUAGGAAAAAAUGGGGAAAGUUAUCAUGGGUUUGCUGAGGCUGCUUGUCAUUAUUUGUCACUUUGUACUCUGUUUAGCAAGAUAACUGUUCAUGAAGAUGGUGAGACUUUUAAACUAAAUGCUAAAGAUAACUCUAAGAUCUGUAAAAUGUGAUUUUUAUAUUUCUUCCAUCAUAUGUGCGCUUGGGAAAGUAUUGUGGAAAUUGAAUUAAGAGAUCACCUUAUGUUGGUUGCAAGCCUGCUGGGAUGUUAAAUCCAUUUGGAUGGUGAACUUUGUCAUUUGGACCCCAGCCCUGAGCUCAUUAUGCUACCUCUGAUCUUCCUCUCAUUCCCUAACACUCAGUGCCAAUAAAGCUGUCUCUUGGUAACUGA